AUGGCGGCAAAAAAACCUAUAUCUGUAAAUCUGCGCGACUUGCAACGCGUUCUAAAUGAAGGGAAACCAGAAAUGCCGCGCUUUUCCGGCGGAGCUACCGGGGAAGACGAUGAUGAGCAGCAGGGCUCGUCCUUUGGGGUCAACAGACACAAGUCUGGUCCAGUGAGAUGGGCUAACGAGGACGAUGAUGAUGACUUCGACGAACGAGCAGCGCGCGAUGAUAGGCCAGAGCCGGAUUUCAGCACUGUGAGAAGCACGGAGAACCAAUUCUCAAGGUCCGACUCUCAGACUUACGCUGGCGGCCGCGGCUCGUCACCAGACGGCGAACGCAAACCGGAGGAUGACGUAUGGAGAAGUGGCGCACGACAAACUACACCCGAACCUGUCGAAGAAGAUGAUGUAUGGCGGCGACCAAGCAGCGGAAGGACUGCGGAUGGACAGUCGGGCGACUCUAAGCGCGAUGGCGGGAUGGCCAAUGAUGAGGACGACAUGUUCAACAGAUCGGCUAUGCAGCGGGAAACCCGCGGUAAGAAGCUCUACGUGCCGCCGUCCAAAAAGUACGAGAGUACAUCCUUCAACUUUGGAGAUGGGGGUUCUGGCGGCAAAUCGAGAUUCAGCUGCCUAGACACGGGUUACGAACGGAGUUACACGACCUCCAACGUGGAGUCUAACAAAGCGUGGGAGGCAUUCUCAAUGCAAAGACGUGACUCUGAGACCCGGGAAUCUGGAGGAUACAAUGGAAGAGAUGCCUUCAAGGACUUGAACAAAGAGAACUCAAGAUCGUCAUUCUUCGGAGAACAGCAGAAAUCCGGAGCUUACGUGCCCGCAUACAGGCGCGCACAGACGCAAAAAGCGGUCUGGACGCCAAAGAACUCAUCUGUGCAAGAUAUCUUCAUCAAGGCUGCUGGACUCACCGAGACGAAGGCCGCGGAGGACAAGAAGAAACCAACAAAACCGGAGCCGCAAAAGGAGGCUCGGGAACAGCAGCAACCACAGCCUGACGCGCAGGUCCAGCAGAUGCGAGAGGCGGUGUUGCGUCACAAUCGCAUGUACGAAGCAAACCACGAGACCAUCAAGAGGGUGGUGGAUGCAGCCAAAACACUCCUCAGUGGCGGUGCGAUGGAUAUUCAGCAGGUGGUGCCUGAGGACGAGGAAGAACUCGUACCAGCCGUGGUGGCAUGCCUAGUGGCGGCCAAGGCGUGCGAAACGAGCUCCGAUCUAAAGGAUGUGCACGAUAAGUUCCGUGCAGUAGCGGGCCUGGUCAUCGAGCUCUGUGAGAGACGUGAAGAAAACAUCGAGGGCAAGCUGCUGACGGAAGUCACCAAAUUCAUAUGCGCUUGGAAGUUACCGGCAAUUGGGGAGUCGCUGUACCUGCUGGAGGCAGUGUUCGACGCCCUGCUCCACUGCAAGGUCGUCACACCGAAGGUGGCGCUGCAAUGGUUGGAGAACAUUCCGGACGACGUCCCCGAUAGAGUUGGCGUUAUUAUACAGGCCGCUGUGUGCAAGCACGGCGGUAAAGGCGUGUGCAACAGCAUACUCUUGCAUGGAAGCCCGCAUGACAAACGCGCACUCAUAUAUUUGCAGCUGCUGCCGUGGAAGAAGUGGUUGCUUGGCGAAGCGCUAGAGGCAGGCGCCGGAGCGUCCGCACACGAGUCUGACGGCGACGAUGAGGAAGAAGAAGAGGAGGACAUAGACAUCGAGGCGUUAGUACCGAAGCCUGUGCGAAUUUCCAAAACCGUGGCGUUCUAA